AGGCACGCAAACCCAAUCACCCUCUGGAACUAAUUCAAAUAUGUCUCAAGAAAAGUGUCCCGGUGAUAUUUGUAUGACGACAUACGUAACAAAAGACGGAGAUGAAAAGGAUAGCACGUUUGGAUGCGCAACAGCUCAAUGCACACAGCCUUUCAGAGGCGGUUGCCGUAGUACCACUAAUGGUGGAUAUUGCUGUUGUAAAGGAAAUCUUUGCAAUAAGCCGACUUUUUAAAUUUUAGUUGAUUGAAUAAAAGUUAUAGCAUUU